GAGCUCAUGUGACACAAGAUUAUUCCAGGAACAAAAUGGCAGCGACCGGCGACGACGCUUCAGCUAUGGACAGCAUCUCCAGAGCACCAGCUGCACAGGCAGCAGCUCUAAACCCGCCUGCCAGCGGCAGCAGUCAAACCGAAGGGCCGAAGGACGCAGCAGCUAACCCGACACCAGCUCCCAGGAAGCCACACUCCAACAGUGAUGGUGGGGUGGAGACAGCAGAGGAGGCUGUGGAGCCUGCAGAGCCAGACAUCAAUGAGUUGUGCACUGAUAUGUUUGAGAAAAUGGCUAUUUUUCUGCAAGGAGAACUCACAGGUACAUGUGAGGAUUACCGUCUGUUGGAGAACAUGAACAAGUUAACGAGCCUGAAGUACAUGGAAAUGAAAGACAUUAGCAUCAAUAUCAGCCGUAACCUGCAGGACCUUAACAACAAAUAUGCGAGCCUACAGCCUUAUUUGGACCAAAUAAAUCAGAUUGAGGAACAAGUCUCUUCCCUGGAACAAUCUGCUUACAAACUCGACGCAUACUCCAAAAAGCUGGAGGCCAGAUUUAAAAAACUGGAGAAGAGAUGAGCAGGAAGAAGAGGCAGAGUGAGUGUUACGGUGCCUUCUUACCUUCUGUCAUCCAGCCCUCCUGCCCUGCCCUCGUAUGGAAGUUUAGCCAGGUGCAGCGGGCCAGACUGAGACUGGAAAAUUGAACUGUCAGAGCCACUUUGACACCUGGAAUGGACCAAGAAUGAAGAAGUGCUGCAGCAACAGGCUUAUAUUAAUCCCUACCAGUAGAUGUACAGCAGGUGCAUCUUUAACCAUAAACCAUAUAUGACUGGAUAAACUACCAGAGUAUUACAUAUAACAUUUGGCAGAAUCAGUCUACUAAUGUGGUUUAAACGAAAGCUAACUCAGAAAGAUUGGCAUGUAGCAUCACAAAUGGAUAUUUGACCUUUAUCUGGUAUGUUAUUUGACAUGCUCAUAGAGUGUAAGAGUAAUAUUUUAGCUAUCCUUCCAAAUUACCAUCUGAAAUAUGAGAUGGACCUGAAUUGUGCUUUAUGAAUUAUUUGUUCCAAUAAUAGGAAAAGUGUAAGAGUCUGUUCAGAUUAUCAUGAAAUUAUUUAAAAAGCGAAUGUGUUUAAAGUAGAACGAUCCCACAUGCUUUGUAGAGUUUUAGUUUUGUUUUGGAAAGUUGGAUAUGUAUGACUUUUUUUUUACUUGUAUUGACACAGGAGACUGGAUACCUUUUUAAAUAAACCAUUAUGUCCAUACAUUUGCUGAUAUUGGUUUAUCAUUUAUCAAUUUUAAGUUAAUAUCAACCUUCGUCAGCAGAGGGCAGUCCUGAACUACAAUAAAAACGAAAAAACUUAAUUGCCAUUCCAGUUUGAUUAAAAAGACGGUAAGAACUUAACUCCUCUGCCGCCGUCACAGAUAACUGUAAAAAAAAAA